AAUCCGCGGUCACACAGCUGGGCAGGCGAAAGUGAUUAAGAACCGGCAAUUUUUUCAAAAAUAGCAAACAUUAACUAUAUUCGAAAAGAUGGUUCUACCUUUACUGCAGCGCUCCACGCUUCGCGGCGUGCAACAGUUGACCAAGCCAUGGGCCUCGACUGCCUUCAGCCUGAGAAUGGCCUCCCAGGAGUUCCGCGUGGAAAGCGACACGUUCGGUGAGCUCAAGGUGCCCGCGGACAAGUAUUAUGGCGCCCAGACGAUGCGCUCUCAGAUCAACUUUCCCAUUGGCGGAAAGACAGAGCGUAUGCCCAAACCUGUGGUGCAGGCCAUGGGCAUCCUCAAGAAGGCCGCUGCCGAAGUGAACAAGGAAUUCGGUCUGGACAGUAAGGUGAGCGAGGCCAUCUCGCAGGCCGCCGAUGAUGUGAUCUCGGGCAAGCUGUACGACGAUCAUUUUCCCCUUGUCAUCUGGCAAACAGGCUCCGGCACCCAGAGCAACAUGAAUGUCAAUGAGGUGAUCAGCAAUCGUGCCAUUGAGCUGCUCGGCGGCAAGCUUGGAUCGAAGACGCCCGUGCAUCCCAAUGAUCAUGUGAACAAGUCACAGAGCUCCAACGACACCUUCCCCACUGCCAUUCACAUUUCGGUGGCCCUGGAGCUGAACAACAACCUGAAGCCGGCCAUCAAGACGCUGCACGAUGCGCUGGCCGCCAAGUCGAAGGAGUUCAAGGACAUCAUCAAGAUCGGCCGCACCCACACCAUGGACGCGGUGCCAUUGACGCUCGGGCAGGAGUUCAGCGGCUAUGCCCAGCAGCUGGCCUACGCCCAGGAGCGCAUCGAUGCCUGCCUGCCGCGUGUCUAUGAACUGGCCCUGGGCGGCACAGCCGUCGGCACUGGCCUCAACACCCGCAAGGGAUUCGCCGAGAAGUGCGCCGCCAAGAUCGCCCAGCUGACCAGCCUGCCCUUCGUGACGGCGCCCAACAAAUUCGAGGCUCUGGCCGCCCGCGACGCCAUGGUGGAGGUGCACGGUGUACUCAACACGAUUGCCGUCAGCCUCAUGAAGAUUGCCAACGACAUUCGCUUCCUCGGCUCGGGUCCUCGCUGCGGCCUGGGUGAGCUCUCCCUGCCCGAGAACGAGCCCGGCAGCUCCAUCAUGCCCGGCAAGGUGAAUCCCACGCAGUGCGAGUCCCUCACCAUGCUGUCCGCCCAGGUGAUGGGCAACCAGGUGGCCGUGACCAUUGGCGGUGCCAACGGACACUUUGAGCUGAAUGUCUUCAAGCCUCUGAUCGUGUCCAAUGUGCUGCGCUCCAUUCGGCUGCUCUCUGACGGCAGUCGCACCUUCACUGCCAAUUGUGUGAACGGCAUUCAGGCGAAUCGCGAGAACAUUGCCAAGAUCAUGAAUGAGUCGCUGAUGCUGGUGACGGCCCUCAAUCCGCACAUUGGCUACGACAAGGCAGCGAAGAUUGCCAAGACGGCGCACAAGAACGGCACCACGCUCAAGGAGGAGGCCAUCAAUCUGGGCUACCUCACCGAGCAGCAGUUCAACGACUGGGUCAAGCCCGAGGAAAUGCUGGGACCUAAGUAGACUGCCGUCUGUCUAGAACUUUAGUUCGUGAAUGUUUUUGCCAGUCGCCCAAUAAAUCGGUUGUCGAAUAGCCUUACAAAAUUGUCCCAAAAA